CUUAUUUUUGUAUUUUAAAUGAGUUACUUAUAGAUAUAGUUAGUAUUGGUGGAAGCCGGAGCGCUCAGCUGAUCCAGCAAGAUGGCGGCCGUGUUGUACCGGGGAGUUACCUGUGCUGAGAAACUUCUCUCCAGGGCGGCAGCGCGGAUAGUAAGCAAUGGAGCAACUGGACCUCUUGCACUUAUUCAACAAAGACGCCACCUGAAUGUUCAUGAGCAUGUCAGCUUUUCACUCUUAAAGAAAUCUGGCAUUCCUGUCCCUGGAUUUGGAGUAGCCCAUACUGCAGAAGAAGCUGUGGAAAUUGCCAACAAACUGGAUUCAACUGAUGUUGUUGUCAAGGCUCAGGUUCUUGCUGGAGGGCGUGGAAAGGGCAACUUUAAGGGAGGUUUCAAAGGAGGCGUCAAGCUAGUUUACUCAGCCGAAGAGGCUGGAGAUGUGGCCUCGAGGAUGAUUGGGGAUGUUCUUGUGACCAAGCAAACUGGUGAGAAAGGAGUUCCCUGUAAUAAAGUGAUGGUGUGUGAGCGCAAGUUCCCUCGUCGUGAAUUCUAUCUGGCUAUCAUGAUGGAGAGGUCGUUUGGCGGACCUGUUAUCAUUGCAUCAGCUCAGGGUGGUAUUAACAUUGAAGAAGUAGCAGAAGAGGAUCCGGAUUCCAUCUUUAAAGUUCCCAUUGACAUUGCUGAAGGUAUCACUGACGAAACGGCAAAGGGUCUAACAAAAAUGCUGGGCCUCGAUACACAUUUGGAGGAAACUGUAGCUGUUAUCAAAUCUCUUUAUAAUGCAUUUAUCACAUAUGAUGCAUCUUUGAUAGAAAUCAAUCCAUAUGCAGAGGAUACCUAUGGCAAAUUGUAUGCUCUUGAUGCCAAGAUGAAAUUUGAUGAUAAUGCAGAGUUUCGCCAGAAAGAUAUAUUUGAUGAACGUGAUUGGUCACAAGAGGAUGCUAAAGAAGUAGAAGCUUCCAGAUACAACUUAAAUUACAUUGCUCUUGAUGGUACCAUUGGUUGUCUGGUAAAUGGUGCAGGUUUGGCCAUGGCCACUAUGGACAUCAUAAAGUUGCAUGGAGGAUCACCCGCAAAUUUCCUGGAUGUUGGUGGUGGAGCAACAGCUGAACAGGUUAAAGAGGCAUUCAAGAUUAUCACUGCAGAUCCAAAAGUUCAUGCAAUAAUGGUGAACAUUUUUGGUGGAAUCAUGCGUUGUGACGUCAUUGCCCAGGGUAUUAUUGCAGCGGCAGAAGAGCUCUCGCUGAGUAUUCCCAUUGUAGUACGACUUCAGGGUACCAAUGUGGAUGAUGCAAAAGCACUUAUUGCUAUGUCCAACCUAAGAAUACUUCCCUGUGACAAUCUUGAUGAUGCAGCAAAGAUGGCAGUCAAGUUAUCAAACAUUAUUACUCUUGCCAAAGCUGCAAAUAUUGAUGUUAAAUUUGAAAUUCCUGUUUAAGGUUGUUUUUAAAAUGUUUACUAUUUCCUUAUUAAAAUUUAACAGUGUACAUUGAAAUAAGUAUAUAGAAUCAUAAAGCAUAAGUUUUGUAUAAUUUAUUCUUUGGUUUCAUAAGCAUUUAUGCUGCUUCUAAAUAGCAUUUGGUUGUAAAUUGUGUAUAGAAUUAUUGCUGCAUUUGUAUACAGUAUUUUGUAGUCUCCCUUUCAUUGGGCGACUACAACACUAGUCUAUAUAUUUAAAUUGUUCAUUUGAAUAAGUCUACAGUAAGUUUUUUCUCUUGACUGACACACUUGGCACAAUAUGAAGAGCAUACCCACCUGGUAUGAUAAAGCUCUUAUGCCAUAUACGAGCCCAAGUAUGUUGGACAAGGAAUGGAAGUGCCUCGCCAACAUUGGAGGACAAUUUACUUGCAGAGGUCCCACUGUGGAGUUUAUUUUUUUUUGCUCAGGUCAAACUUUGUAUUGCAAUUUACUAUUUUUAUUGUGAAAUUUUGCCAUAGAUCAUCUUGGCACUACUUAAUACUUUGCUAUAUAUAUAAAGUUACAUUAUUCUACACAAGCAUGUAUAUAUAUUGUCUAUUUAGUGGUCAUGUUAAGGAAUGUACUUUACAAAUUAAAUAUUCAGAACCACUAGCAAAA